AUUGUCGAUGAUGUUCUUGUAGAAUUAAACACUGGAGAUUUGAUUAUUGCUGACCAUCCAGUAGGAAUAGAAUCACGGCUUCAUGACUUGACUAUUGAAUGGUCAAAAAAGAGGUCACGAAAAGUUCUUAUCAUAGGCCUCUGGGGAAUGGGAGGUGCUGGCAAAACAACCGUUGCCAAAGCAAUCUACAAUGAAAUUGGUCGCCACUUUAAAAGAAGUUUCCUGAAAAAUAUUAGAGAAAUUUCAAAGCAAGAUAAUGGCCACGUUAUUUUGCAAAAACAACUUAUUUAUGAUAUAACUGGGAAAGAAGUUUUCAAGAUAUGUGACAUUGAUAGGGGAAAAAAAAUAAUUCAAGACAGAUUUCCCCACAUAAAAGCACUUGUUGUAUUGGAUGAUGUGGAUAGUAUUUGUCAACUGAACGCAUUAUGUGAGAGUCGUGAAUGGUUUUGUCCAAGGAGUGUAAUAAUCAUCACAACUAGAGAUAUGCAUCUGCUUAAUGUCCUUAAAGCUGACUACAAAUAUGAAGUCAGAGAAAUGGAUGAAAGUGAAUCUCUUGAGCUUUUCAGUUGGCAUGCCUUCAAGAAAAAAGCUCCCUUUGAAGAAUUUAUGGAACUCUCUAGAAGUGUAGUUGCUUAUUGUGGAGGACUUCCACUUGCUCUUGAAGUCAUUGGUUCUUAUUUGUGUGAGAAAACAAUUCAACAGUGGAAGGCUGCAUUGUCCAAACUCGAAAGGAUUCCUCAUAAAGAUAUUCAAGCAAAGUUAAAAAUAAGCUUUGAUGGUUUAGAUGAUUAUACAGAGAAGGAAAUUUUCCUUGACAUAUGUUGCUUCUUUAUCAAUAGGGACAGAAACUAUGUAACGCAGAUAUUAGAUGGUUGUGGACUUCAUGCAGAAAAUGGACUACAAAUUCUCAUAGAUCGGAGCCUCAUAAAAGUUAGUAGGAAUAAUAAGCUUGAAAUGCAUGAUUUAUUACGGGAUAUGGGAAGAGAAAUCAUCCGUGAUAGCCCACCUAAGGAUCCAGAGGAAUAUAGCAGAUUAUGGAUUCAUGAAGAUGUACUUGAAGUGUUAAGAGAACAUACGGGAACGAAAGCUAUUGAGGGUAUAUCUCUGAAGUUUCCAAGAACAUAUAAAGAGUGUUUGAUUGAUUCCGAGGCAUUUAAGGCAAUGAACAAACUUAGAUUACUCCAACUAGAUUAUGUAAAUCUUAAAGGAGAUUAUAAGCAUCUUUCCAAAAAGUUGAGGUGGCUUUGUUGGCGUGGAUUUCCUUUAAAAUACAUUCCAAACAACUUUCACCAAAAAAAUUUAGUUGCUAUUGACUUCAAAUGCAGUAGGCUCGUAAGAGUUUGGAAAGAGCCCCAGUUGCUAGAAAGGUUGAAGACAAUCAAUCUCAGCCAUUCCUCUUAUUUGACACAGACUCCUGAAUUUACAAAACUGCCAAACCUUGAAAAGUUGAUACUAAAAGAUUGUCCGAGCUUGAUGUUAGUUCACAAUAGUAUUGGAGAUCUGGAAAAUCUUCUUGUGGUAAAUCUAAAAGGCUGCAAGUGCCUUAGGCUUCUUCCUAGAAGCAUCUACAAGUUGAAAUCUUUAAAAACUCUUAUUCUUUCUGGUUGUUCAUUGAUUGACCAUUUAGAAGAAGAUUUUGAGCAAAUGGAAUCCUUGACUGUUUUAAUGGCAGAUAAUACUGCCAUAACACAAGCACCCAGGUCAUUAGCAAGAUUGCAGGCGCUUGUACAUGGAUAUGUAUCUUUGUGUGGGUAUGAAGGAAGAGCACAAGAUGUAUUUCCUUCUCUCAUACAGUCUUGGAUGUCACCCACAAAUAUUUUCCAAUCCCAUAGUGAAGCAUUUUUGCAGGGCAUAUCAUCUCUAUUUUUCUCAGCUGUACAGAUUGGUAGCUUCCAUGGCCUAUCUCCAUUUCUAGGCAAUCUUGCAAAGCUUCGAGGCAUGUGGGAAGAAUGUCGACCACAGUUUCAAUUCAGUGAAAAAAUGGCUAGACUUUUGGAUGCCUUGUAUCAGACAAAUUUUAUGGAAUUGGAAUCAACUUCACGUACACCACAGAUCUCAUAUAUGGAAGCCUCUGCAUCAUCAUUUGAGGGUCAUGUCCAAGUGUUUAUUGCAAGUUCAGCAGAUUCCUUCAACUCUCUUUUUGUUCAAAUGGGAUUGUGCACCAAAGUAGACUUAUUGAAAGAUAAAAUUCUGCAGGGAUGGAGUUAUGGUGGGUGGGAUGAUUCUCAACUACCUGGCAAUCAGUAUCCUAAUUGGUUCAUCUACAAGGGUGAAGGAUGCUCAGUAAUUUUUAAGGUUCCUCUUGUCAAAGGUUGUCGCUUAAAAGCGAUGCUUCUCAAUGUUGUGCAUUCUUCUUGCAUGGAUAACACAAUGCCUGAUCAAUUUCUCAUAAGUGUUCUGAUCAUCAACCACACGAAGGCUACUGUUCAACAUUAUAAAGGAGACUCGAUAACUUUCCAUGAAGAUGAACAAUGUCAAAGUAUCAUUUCAAAUAUUCAACCUGAUGAUUUAGUGGAACUUGUUUUUAGUAUUGGGCCUCAAUUUCCUGUGAAGAAGAUUGCAGCAUACCUAAUUUUUGACGAUUCCAAACCUCGUAGAUUAUUGAAAUAACAUUUGCAAUAGUUUGUUUCUAUAUGAAUCAAAGCCUGGGCACUUGCCCAUGUAAUUGUGGUUGUUGAAAGUUAUGGUAUGUUGGACAAUAUGGUGUGUUUGUGUCUGAAGAGUCAAAGGGGUGAAUCAGACUUUUGAAGAUCAUAUUUGUUUUUUAA